AUGGCAGACACAGCUACAGCAGCGCCUCUGUUCAAGAAGAGAGCCAAGAAGAACAUCGUGCGCAAAGCCGCUGCCCCGCCGCCAACACAGUCCGAUUCAGAAUACUCAUCCUCCGAAGACGAGAGCGGCCACCGUGUAAAGCGCCGCAAGAAGACAGGCGCUCUCGUCUCCGCGUCGUCCGCAACCCAAAUGACCGCUGCCGAUAUCGAGGGCGCCACCAAAUUCGCCGCCGACCGUUCCGCGAACAUCGAGAGCACCAACGACGCAACGAAGCAGUCGAACUGGUACGACGAGAGCGCCAAGGAUGCGCUCAGCGCACAGAACCUGCUAGGCAAGACGCGCCAAAAGCCAGACGCAGAGGUGGGGAGCGACGGCACAUACAAAGGGGCUGCCAACUACCAGUCCUUCAUCGAGAAGAAUCCGAAUGCGCCGCAGCGACAAGUCGGGCCGGUCAAAGCUCCUACCAACAUCAGGACCAUCACUGUCACUGACUUCGCGCCUGACGUGUGCAAGGAUUACAAACAGACAGGGUUCUGUGGGUUUGGCGAUAGCUGCAAAUUCCUUCACGCGCGCGAGGACUACAAACAGGGCUGGGAGCUGGAUCGCGACUGGGAGAUCGGCACCAAGGGGAAGAAGGUUGCCGGUCAGACGGUUGCGUCGGCGAACAGAGGUGGCAAGACAGGCGACGACGACGACGAAGACGAUGCUCUGCUCGAAAACAUACCUUUCGCGUGCAUCAUCUGCAAGAAGCCGUACAAGAAUCCCAUAGUCACGAAGUGCGGGCACUAUUUCUGCGAGGCAUGCGCUUUGCAGCGGUACCGGAAGAAUCCGUCCUGCGCUGCCUGUGGCGCCGGCACUGGUGGAGUGUUCAACGGAGCGAAAAACUUACAGAAGCUGCUGGACAAGAAGCGGGAUAGAGCAAAGAAGCGGAAGGAACAGGCGAAGGAAGAGGGGCAAGAAGUCAGCGACGAAGACGAGGGCGACGCGGAGGAAGAUUAA